AUGUCGCUGAAUCCUCACGAAAUAGGCGGAAAUUGUUCGUUGGAAACGAAACAACGCAUCGUCGACACCUUGGCCAGCCAUGUUAGGCACGGGGUAUUUGCUGGAUCCACUGUCGCAUCUAAGCUUCGCGUUUCCGAAGUAACGGUGGGACAGAUGAGAGAGGACCCUUUACGGGAGGAAGGAAGAGCGGUGUUUACCUUGACCGUGGACGAAGACAUGAUGAACCUAGCCGGUGGGGUGCACGGUGGAUGCAUAGCAUAUUUAAUAGAUUUCUGUUCUUCUCUCGCCCUGGCCGUCCUCGCACAUAAACAGACAGGGGAUCGCCGUGUCAUCAGUGUAUCUCAAGCUCUCAAUAUCGUCUAUCAUUCCCCCGCACCUCUCGGCGACAAACUCAGAAUCAUCAAUACAACCAUGACAGUUGGAAAGAGAGCAUCAUCUAUUCGCAGUGAAAUUUGGAGCGACGUAAAUCACAGACUGAUAGCGUCGGGCGUACACGUCAAGAUGGAUCCUUCACCACUCAAGGCGAAGAUUUGA